ACUACUGCUGCUGCUGCUGCUCGAACAGGUGCGGAGCCUGUCUGUGUUUGGUGUGGAGCUUGAAAUCUUCAUAGAGGAAUACGCGGGAAGCAAGGGGCGCAUGCCACCGCGAAAACACCGAAAGAAGAAUUCUCUCUACAUCGCCACCAUUGAGAAAGCCCACAGCCUGGUCAACGCCCUUCUAGAGGAGGGGCGCAUGAAGGAGAUUGGCCUGAUCGUUGUGGAUGAGCUGCACAUGUUGGGCGAAGGUGGCAGCCGUGGGGCCACCCUGGAGCAGACGCUGGCCAAGGUUCAGUAUGCGUCAAAAACAACUCAGGUCAUCGGUAUGAGUGCCACUCUGAGCAACAUCAAGGACUUGCAAAAAUUCCUGAAUGCGGAGUUGUACACUAACGAUUUUCGACCGGUCCAGUUAAGAGAGUACAUUAAGCUUGGAGACUCUAUCUACGAGGUAAACAACAAGGCUCGGUGUCCAGAAGAAAGCUUCAGUUUUAUCCGACUGCUCAGUCACAAGUACUCAAGCGCAAUGCUGAAGACGGACCCAGACCACAUCGUGGCUCUGGUCACGGAAGUCAUCCCCGCUCACUCCUGUCUCGUCUUCUGCCCCACGAAGAAGAACUGCGAGAAUGUGGCAGAGAUGAUCUGCAAGUACCUGGCAAAGACGUUCCUGCGUCACCGCGUGCAGGAGAAACGCGCGCUGCUCGCCGAGCUGCGGGCCGACGGGGAGCUGUGUCCCGUGCUGCGGCACACGGUCCCCUACGGCCUGGCCUACCACCACGGCGGCCUCACGGGCGAGGAGCGCCGCCUCAUCGAGGAGGCCUACUUUGGCGGCACGCUCUGCCUGCUGGCGUGCACCUCCACGCUGGCGGCCGGCGUCAAUCUACCGGCACGCAGGGUGAUCCUCCGCUCCCCCUACAUCGGCAAUUCCUUCCUAAGCCGAAGCCAGUACAAGCAGAUGGUGGGCCGUGCCGGGCGGGCGGGGAUAGACGCGUCGGGAGAGAGCAUCACCAUCGUCAACAGCAGGGACAAGCCCAAGGUGGUGACGCUACUUGUGGGUGGACCAUUUGAAGUUUGCCAGAGUAGCCUGGCACAUGCAGAUGGAAAAGGAGUUCAAAGCCUACUCCUGUCACUCAUUGGCUUGAAGAUCGCAACGGACAUCGACGCUAUCCAUCGCUUUUUGGAGACCACCCUGUUUGGGGUGCAGCAGCAGCAGCAGGAGGGUGGUGGGAUGAAGAAAGUCAGGGAUCUGUGCCGGCACUGCCUGCAGCAGCUGCAGCAGGCGGGCCUGGUGAGGCUCUGCAGGAGGUCCGAGGGAGACGCUGCUGCACCCUCUGAGCAGCUGCUGGAGGUUACCAAGCUUGGUCAAGCCACAUACAAGGGAUCCGUCGAUUUGGCUUUUUGUACCGUGCUGUACCGAGAUCUAAAAGCGGGCGUUGAAGGCUUGGUGCUGAAUAACUACCUGCACCUCAUCUACCUGGCGACGCCGUACGACUUGGUCUCUCAGUGCAGACCGGACUGGAACACGUACAUGCGACAGUUUAAUCAGCUGGAUGUGACGGAACAGAAAGUGGCCACGGUCAUUGGUGUUCCAGAGAGCUUCAUCGCCAGGAAAGUAGCCGGACAAAGCACAAGACAGAAAGCGGUGGACGAGCGAGUAGUGAACAGAUUCUACCUGGCCUUGGUCCUCUACGCCUUGUACAAACAGACAUCGGUGUGGAAAGUCGCCUCCAAGUUUGGCCAAAAUCGUGGCUUCAUUCAAAACCUGGUGGGAUCUGCAGCAGCCUUUGCCUCCUGCAUCAUGCAUUUUUGCCAGGAACUAGACGAGUUCUGGGCAUACCAACUCCUGUUUGCUGAUCUCCCACAAAAGCUCUCCUACUGUGUCAAGUCAGAAUUGAUUCCACUCAUGCAGGUGGCUGGAGUGAAGGAGCUCUUGCUGACGGACAGAGCUGAAGCGUUGCGAGAAGAAGCUGCAGAGCUGCUGGCCGUGCCCGCUCUCCCUCUCGCACUCACGUGACGACUUUGUUGAACUGCAGCAGGUUUUUGCUUUUUUAAACGCUGAAUUUUAACGGUGUAGAUCGUGUUCUAGAUUUGAACCUUUCGCGACUGCAAGGAUUCAUACUCUUAGGUUUUUUCGGUAAAGUCACGUAGGUAAAAAAUUUAAAUGAAUAAAAGUAAAAUAAAAUAAAAAUAAAAUAAAAAUCAAACUCCCAAAUCCUCAGAUGAUAUACGGCCAAUUUCCUCCAACAAUGUGCUCGCCACACUUACACUUCCCAUCGUGGUGCCUUGCGACAGACGCGUGUUUGUAUGCUUGGACUCCUUUCGCAUCGUAUGUAUCCAAGCGCGCUAAUCGGAGGUACGGAGAAAUGUUUCAGAUGCGUGUCUUGAUGUCCAGAGAAACAUGUUGAGACAAAUGGAGAGGAAAAAAUGGUUGAGUUGCACAGACCAGGUUUUGCUAUGAUCUUCUGAGUACUGGAGUGUAUGUUUUUUUUUAUGAUUUAAUAUUUACAAAUGCAAAAUUCUGCAAUGUAGACACAUAUCGUUUUUAGGGUAAAAUGGAAACUCUUAUUCGCUGUUAUUUUCACCGAUUAUUGGAGUGGUUUGUCCUGAUAUUCAUAUUUUGUUGGGGAUUAAUGUCGCUGCGUGGCUAAAAUCCGCGGUUACCAUUGAUGGGUAAUUUUGAGUGCCGCAUUUACAGGUGAGGUCCCGCCCAUCACCGCAACGUAUCGGGAGUUCUGUACCUACUGAAGUAGCAGUCAGGUUCAACUUAAAUAAAAUAUAAAAACACGA